AUAUAGUCCACCGGUCAUGCUCAGUGAUACAGAAAUAUGCACACGGCUAGUCUCGGAUAUCCACGUUGAGGGCAAUCCACCAGGAUAAGAAAGAUCUCGGCCGGAGAGGCAUCAUUGGUUUUGAAUUGAUCACAUCAUAGCAGCCCGAUUAUCCUCAGCUUAUCCGGAAUUCAUCCAGCCGCUCCGGCCAUAUCGACGUGGGCCUCUGGUAGCCUUGCCAGAUAAGACACCAUCGCGGCUCCAGAGGUGAUUCUCUCCUUUACUUUUGCUCACCCGAGACAGCAUACAUCCCUGACAUCGACAUGGCGGACUUUGAAGACGAAAUCUCCCGAGGGUCUGGUAGUCUGGAGGAUGAAGAGAAGACAUCAUUUCUGCCGCGCCAGCUUCGUAGAGGCUGGACGAAGCCCAGCGAUCAACGGCAGCCAUGGCUGUGGACGCUGCUUCUUCUGAAUGUGCUGGUGCUGCUUUGCUCCCUGGUCACGCUGUUCGUGGCAUUCAGUCUUCGCUCCGGCCCAAGUGUUGGAACCGAGAGAAAUGCACUGCUGAAGCAAACCUCCGCGUACUCGCCCAUCCUCGACGAAUUCGACAUCCCCCUCAAGCUCGUGCAGAGCAAACUGGACUUCUUCGACAACUCCUCCAUCUUCUCGCAGCUCCCUAGCCCCGAAGUCGACGAAGCGUGGGAGAAGAUCGCCCCCGCGAAACGCGUCUACCUGACAACCGAGCAAGUCAUCAAGCUAGGCAAAGACCCCGCCCUGACGGUGCGCGCCAACAACCACCCGGACCGGCACAUCGGUGUGCUCAACGGCAUGCACGAGCUGCACUGUCUGAACGAGAUCCGUCGGAACCUGCACCGCGACUACUACUGGCCCGAUGGCAUCCGGAGUCCCACCCACUGGAUCCAUCUCUACCACUGCGUGGAUGCGAUCAAGCAGGCGCUGACCUGCAGCGGGAACGUGGACGUGGUGACCUUCAACUGGAUGGAGAUGGUGCAGGAGCCGUUCUUUGAUUUCUCGGUUAAUCGCGUGUGUCGGGAUUUUGAUCGCAUUCUGGAGUGGCAGACGGAGAAUCUGGGGCCCCUGGAGACCGAUGCCUGGAAGGUCGGCGGGGAGGUCGAGAUCCCGGCGCCGCCGACGUUGAGGGCAAUGAAUGCCCAGGAUUCGGAGGCGAGAGUGUUUACUCAUGAUGAUCCGGCGUUGACGGGGACGAUUGGUGUGUAG